UAAGUUUAUUAAAAAAACAAAGUGCAAGAACUUCCAAAUAAUAUAGAGGGACUACUAAAAUAAUGGAGUUAAAAAAAACAUAAAAAGUGGUACCAUAUUUUCGCAUUCGGAACAAACAGAGAAACGGAGAAAAGUCAUACAAACUAAAAGACAAAAAAAUUUUUAGUUAUAAUUCACAGAUGGCGCUCUUACGCAAAAAUUUUGAUAAAAAGUACUUUCGAUAUGAUUAUACAAACAAGUGUCAAAUUGUCGAUAUUGUACGCCAUGUUGUAUUUUUUCGAUAUAAAGCGACUCUGACAAAUGUUAAUAGACCAUUGAGCAUAUUUUAAUGGAUAAAUUUUUUCACAUCAAAAUGGUUAAAUAUAUACAGUGAAAUUUGUAAUAUAUGUUUUGAUAUUAAUAAACUAAAUAAUAAAUUUAUUUUGGAGAAAAGUAUGCUUUAUAUACGUUAGUGUGAAAAUUUUCAACCAACUCAAUCGUUGUUGGUCGUUCCGGCCUGCGCCCUUGAAUAAGUAAUUUUACGAAAAAGAAUUUCAGUGGUCAAUAUCAUCGCAGGAAUAAAAGAAAUGGCCCAAUAUUACAUACAAAUGGAUGAUCUAAAACAAAUAUAUCCGGAUGUGCAAGUAGUACACGUAGAUGACAAUGCUGUUAGUAAACACAAUCGGCCGCAGCAAUUGGUCCUACAAGAUGAUCAAAUCCUAUACAAUGAAGGCCAAGUAGUUUACCAACAACCAAAUACAAAUAAUGCACAGUAUCAGCAACAGUUAACAACGCGAUAUAUCCUAAGUGAUGAUGUUAAUCAACAACAACAACAACACGCACCUCAUCAACAAAUUAUGAUACAUCAGCAGCAACAGACAAAGACGCAUUAUCAACAGGAGCAACCACAACCUCAAGAGCAAGUUCAGCCAGAGCUUCAAAUGCAACACACUCAACAGCAACAAAAUCAACAAUCACCCACGCAGCAAUUAUAUUACAACUCUGAUCAAAUAUUGCAACAGAACUCAAUUGUGCAUCAUUCGCCACAUUCUCAACAACAACAACAACAAAACAUAACACAACAGUUGCAUAUUUCCCAACAGCAGCCGCAACAGCAGCAAGUCCAUCAACAAUAUCAGCAACAACAACAGAUAGUUCAUCAUCAACAGUCUUUACAACAAAAUUCAACACAUCAGCAAGUACAACCACAGACGCAGCAAGUCGUAUAUCGCAUGCCAGCGCAGCAACAGCAACUCCCACAACAAACUCAGAUGUUAAAUAACACACAUGUUAUCGUACAACCAUUAAUACAAUCACCACAUAAUCAGGAAAUCAUACUACGCCAUACUAUACCACAGCAAAGGAUAACUUAUAAUACCACAAAUCGAGUUGUUUACUCCUCGCCAGCACAAGCUCAAUCCCAAACAAUACUACAACAACCGAAUCAACAACCUCAUUUACAAUUACAAGCAAAUCCACUGCAGCAACAAACUCGUCUUGUACAAACAAGAGUAACAACCCAAAUUCCAGCGCAAUCUGCGCAACCUCAACAACAGCAACAAAUGCAGUCUGGUGUUAUAUAUCAACAUAUGCAGCCAUUAUCUAGCAACCAAAUUCAAAAAUCACCUAUACCUCAACCACAACAACAGCAAAUUGUGACAACACAAAUGGUAACGGCAGUUCGAGGUGCCAUACGUGGCAAAUCAAUGCGAGGCGCUGGAUCGCCAAGUGUAUCAGCACGUAUUACUGGAAUAUCGACACGUGGUGGUAUACGAGCGUCCGCACCGACGCAAGGUGCCGCAUCCCAGGCAACAAAAUCGCCACGCUCGCGUAAUAGUGGAUCAGGAAGUACACGGGGUAGGGGUGGUGGUCGUGGUCGUGGCAGUAGAAACAAUACGAUUGCAUUAGCAAACACAAUUCCAGGCACUGCAAUGCAAACGCAAACGCCACAAAUAAUGCAAAACAAAAUAACAAUUGCUAAUGUAAAUCAAACUCAAAUGAAACAAAUUUAUCGUCAACAAAUUGUUGAUUCAUCUGGUGUUCCACAUCCACAUUUACAAUUGAUAUCUACACAACGGAUAUCAUCUAUUGGUAAUCCUCGCUAUCGUUGUCCAACAGAUGUUGGUCAAUCUCAACAUCAACCAUCCACAUCGCCUAAUGGCGGCAGUAGUGGUGAACUUGAUCUUGAAGAUAGUAUUCAAGCUGUUAUUGUAAAGAAAGACCAACAGAAAGUUAUUCCAAGUGCAAUGAGUACAACCCUUACCUCAUAUUACAAGGAAGAUGAUGAUAAUCGUAUUGCUCGUUCUCAAAAUGGUCAAAGCAUAUCAUUAACAGAAUUUAAAAAGCGCAACCUUAGUGUUAAUACCACAGGUUCCAUAAAUACAACAAAAACAAUAAUGACAGUAAGACCACAAAUUAAUACUGGCACAAACAAAAUCUCAUUAACUGGUACAGGGCAAAUGCUGCCAUUGGUGCCAAUAGCACGUGUAGCACCCCAAAGAAUGUCAAAUCCACAACCAGAGCCGGAAACGCCUAUUGUAACAGGAUCUUCAGUACAUCAAACUGCUCAUAAUAAUUAUGAAAUUCAAACGCAUCAUGUUUUACAAAAUCGAAGUAGCCAUCAAAUGGGUGAGAAGGACAGAAAUAGCGCAAAGAUGCUUGUCAUUUUAGUAUCAGGAGAACAACGUCUUAUAACUUUUACAUUGCCACGAGAAUCAUGUACAGUACAAGAUCUUUUGGAGCAGGUUGGUGUAUCAUUCGAUAACAACACAACGAUUCAAUGUGUAGAAAAUCCUGGAGCCAAUAUAGAUUUUGUUGUUACUGUUGGAUUUUCCGUUCAGGAGUCUGCAAGUGAGCUAAUCUCUAGAGCUGAGCAAAGUUUACAGUUAAGCAGACAACAAGAAGCCGUUGCUAUUGCAAACGCCACUAAUAACGCUUGUGCCACUACAAAUAAUGCCACAACUUCUACAACAUCAAACUUUCACAAUUCAUUGGCACGAGCUGUGGCAGCUGCUGCUAUUGCUGACGAUUCCACUAAAGACUCUACAAACUCAGCAUCUCCAUCAAGCUCAACAAAAACGAGUUCAGAAGAAAUUCCUCGUAAAAUAAUACAAGGCUUCUUUGCGAUAUGUCAAAGUUGUGGAUUUAGUGGUGUUGACCACGCCAAGUGUGAGCGCUGCAAACGAGUUUUCUUGGAACCACCGAAGCGCGUGCCCUUUAAAUCAAGCACAAGUAGUAGUGAUUCGUCACACAUAAAAAAUCCCAAUGACAUAACAGAGAAAAAGCGAGGAAGUGAAAACAGUUCUCGUGGAAAAAAUUACUUGCCAUUUAGCAAUUCAACACGUGGUCGCGGGGGUCAACGGGGACGCUCAUCGAGAACUAGCCGCAAAGCAGUUGAUGCCGAGCCUGUAAUUUUAACUCUGAGUAGCGAUGAAGAAGCGGACGACGAACCGUCAAACACUUCCAAUAAGAAUAUUGGCUCAUCAUUGAAUAAUUCCAAAAUGAUAACAUAUUCUCAGCCGUUAUCUUUUGAACCUAUUAUUUCAGAAAGUGAUGAAACUGCAAUAUAUACCGAUUUUAAGCGCACCGAUAUUACGGAACUGAGCGAUGAACUGGAUAAAUCAUGUGUUAAGUUAUACUGUAAAAAUGUGCGCAUCGGUGGUUAUUGUUUCGAGACCGCUGAGCCUGUUAAUAUAACUGCUAAAGGUAUCCAAAUUACUGCACCCCUCGUUAACAAUGAUAAAGAAUUUUGUAUAUUAAAUAUACACAAACACGAAAUAGUUAAGUUGAUUGGGCACUUCAACAAGCCUGAUGAUGUUUUUGUGUUAUGUUUCUAUACAUUACGAAAAUGUGCACAAUAUAUAAAAACAUCUCUGAAUAUUGCUGAUGAACCGGUAGCGGAUGGAACUACUUACUUUAUAGCAACUGGGCCAUACCAAUAUCGCAAAAUAAUAUUACAUAUCGACAGUAUAUCUGAUCAGGCUCUGAAUACUUUGAAACAGUUAUGUAACCCAUUGGACGAAAUUGGUUUAGUUGACGUACAAUCCCUAUUGGAAAGAGCUGCAGACUCUGAGCGUCAAUUAAUUGCUCUCAAAUCUAACGAGGAUAUUAAACCCCAAUUAUACGGGAAUGAUAUAAGAACUUUACUUAUAUAUCCAUCUGGUAAAGGUGGAAUAUCUAUAAACACUGAAGAUUACAUGUGUCUAGCUACUGAUCAAUAUUUAAAUGACAUAAUAAUUGAUUUCUAUCUUAAAUGGGUUCACAAUAACAUUAUACCAAAAGAAGAGCGCGAAAAAACUUAUAUCUUUAGUACGUUUUUCUACAAGCGUUUAACCACUCUGGUACGUAGCCAGCAACAGGCAGAUAAAGAUAUAAAACAAACAGCCGCUCAAAAGCGACAUGCACGUGUUCAGAAUUGGACAAAAAAUGUUAAUUUAUUCGAGAAGGACUUCAUAAUUAUACCUAUUAAUGAGCAAUCUCACUGGUUUCUCGCCAUUAUAUGCUUUCCGAAAUUAAAAGGACCUGUUACAUAUGACACAAAUAUACCUGUGGAACUACAACAAGUCAAGAAACAAAGAGGAAAGAAAAUAGCUUUACAGAUUGGGAACACAACGAUUACUCCACUAUCAAAACGUGAUAGCAAUCCUAAUCUUUUAGCUGAUAUUGUAGGAGUAAAUGAUGAUCAUGAUAGCGACAGAGAUGAAGCAGAAGGCGAUGAUGAGGACUUAGCAUCUGACGAUUCAGAUUUCGAAAGUGGAGAAAAUAAUACAUCGUCAGUCAAUACAACGCAAAGUCCUCCCAGUAUUUCUGCCAAUAUAACAGAGAAACAACCAAUUAAACAACCGUUAAUACUUAUAUUCGACUCAUUAGCGGGUGCGGGUCGUAGUCGUGUUGUAGCUACACUACGUGACUAUUUAUCAUGUGAAUAUAAAUUGAAAAUGGCCAAUGCGACACCGCAUGUUUUCAAUAAAGAGAAUAUGCCUGGCCACUGUGUAAAAGUGCCACAGCAAAACAAUUUUACAGAUUGUGGACUUUUUCUGCUACAGUAUGUCGAGCAAUUUUUUAAAGACCCUGUUGCAGAUUAUAGACUCCCUAUUAAAUUGUGUAAUUGGUUCGAUACCUUGACAGUAACACGAAAACGUGAAGAUAUCUCUAAUCUGCUGCAACAACUCUUAAACGAAAAAUACGGAGUAGGUCAUCAAAUUGUUUUACCUGAAAUAUCUUUUCCCACAUUAAAUGGUGAGCUUGUUGAGUCGCAUGAUGAAUAUAAUAUUGAAUUUGAAGAAGACGGGAUGGAUGAUGAAACAGCGGAAGAGGAGGAAGAACUUACUAGUGGUGCUGAUGGUGAUUUAGAUGUAGGCUCCGAUGAACUAAGUCAAUCUCCAGUUAAGCCAACAACAACGGCUGUCGUACCAACACAUGGUCGACAAAUUGUAGUUAAAAGGCGCAUGCAAAUUGUUAACACUAACACUAACAAUGAACUAUCACCACCACAUAGUACCACAAUGCGAAGUAGUUUAGUAAAAAUACGCAAACUAGAUUAAUAAAACUUAAUUUUAAUAUAAUUAUAAAUUUAAGAUCGUAUUUUUUUACGUUUGCUAAAAUUCAUUUAAAAUGUUUCACAUAAAUUUUAUCGUUUAAUUUUUCACAAGUGUAAUACUGAGCUACAGACAUAUUUCCACAAAUCGCAAAUAAGUUUAAUGCUUUUAACUGUGUUGUCAUUGUUAAUUAUUAUUUGUAUUAUAAAAAUUUGUUUUAAUUUUGAAUACUAUGUAUAUAAAGCCCAUAAAUAUUUUCAUUUCAUUUUGUUAUUAAAUACUACUAAUAGUUAAACACACAUACUUAUAUAUAUGAACAUCGUCGACACGUAACUUAUAUUUUAGUUUUCUUUUAAAUGCAAAAACAUAUUGUUAAGAAUCUGAAUUCCUACUAUAAAUAAAUAAAUGAACUGAAAUCU